UUCAGUCGAUGGAAGAGCCCGGCUGCAACAACACGGAAUGUUUGUGUGCAGCACUUCUGAACACGGAAGUGAAGCUGCUGCUCCUGUUUAUGUUUAUGUUUUUGUGUUUCGCACCUAGACAACUUCAUUUGUAAAACAGUAUGGCGGUGAGCGCCGUUCACCUGGAGUCAGACGCCUUUCUGGUGUGUAUGAAUCACGCGUUGAGCACAGAAAAAGAAGAGGUGAUGGGUUUGUGCAUCGGAGAAGUGGAAGUCACCCGUAUCGUCCAUAUUUACUCGGUCAUCAUCCUCCGCCGCUCGGACAAGAGGAAGGACCGGGUGGAGAUCUCCCCUGAGCAGCUGUCCGCGGCCUCCACGGAGGCGGAGAGGCUGGCCGACAUAACCGGCAGGCCGUUGCGGGUGGUCGGCUGGUACCACUCCCACCCGCACAUCACCGUGUGGCCCUCCCACGUCGACGUGAGGACCCAGGCCAUGUACCAGAUGCUGGACCAGUGCUUUGUGGGCCUCAUUUUUUCCUGUUUCAUAGAGGACAAGAACACCAAGACGGGCCGGGUGCUGUACACCUGCUUCCAGUCAGUGCAGGCGCAGAAGGGAUCCGAGUACGAGCGCGUGGAGAUACCCGUCCACGUCGUGCCCCGCGAAGCCAUCGGUAAGGUGUGCCUGGAGUCGGCCGUGGAGCUGCCGCGGAUCCUGUGUCAGGAGGAGCAGGACACUUACCGCAAGAUCCACAGCCUGGCGCACCUGGACCCCGUUACCAAGAUCCACAACGGCUCGGUGUUCACCAAGAACCUGUGCAGCCAGAUGUCGGCGGUGAGCGGGCCGCUGCUGCAGUGGCUGGAGGACAGGCUGGAGCAGAACAAGCAGAGCAUCGUGGAGCUGCAGCGGGAAAAGGAGAGGCUGCUGCAGGAGCUGGCUGUUCAACCAUAAGCCCAGAAACAAAGAUGCUAAAUUGACAACGAUAUAAAACAGAAAUAAAAAUCCUCACAUUCAAAGAAGCUGGAAACAGGAGGUUUUUGGUGAUUUUUGCUUUGAAAAUUCUUUUGAAAAAUGUAUUCAUCACCUAAUUGUUGCAGAUAGUUUUUCUGUCAAUCAGCUAAUCAAUGAAUCAACUAAUAGUUUCAGCUCUAUAGUCCCUGGAGCUGGUUUCUAAAGUCUGUAAUGUCGGAUUUGUAGUUUUGAUUACAGGUAAUUCCUGAUUUAAAAUAAGUCAACCAUUAUUUUUUUUUCUGCAAAGGUUUUGUACAGCUCUUUUAUGAUGAGACAAAAUUAAACUUAAUUAUUUAAGAAGUUCAAAGGUUCAUGUUGUUAAAAA